ACACUCCACACUCACUCGUAUCUCGCCUUUUCCUCUCCUUCUCAUUCUCCUUCUCCACCCGCAAUGCCGCCGGAGAACAAACUAGCGUUGGUGCCUCAGCCGAGCUACACCACCGAGUUCAGAUCGUUCAACGACGAUGCGUGGUACUCAGUGGCCAUCUCUUUGGAAUCCCAAAUGCAGCUCAGAAUAAAAUACUCCAAUUUUUCCGAUGAUCACGACGAUGUAUUUGAAGCCUCUCAGUUCGAGACGCAACAGAAGCUGGAUCUAUUAUAUCAGCUCCGUCAAGGCGCCAGGGUUUGUGCCUGCCACCGCUUCAGCAACGACGACGUUCGCUUCUACGACGCUGAGGUUGAUUCGGUGCAACAAAAUGAGCAUUCUUUUGAAGCCGGAGAGGAAUUGUGCUCUUGCAGAUUUGUACUAUCGUGGUUGCAUGGGCCAAAUGAUGGAAAAUUAACCCAUACAACCAUUGAUAGUAUUUGUUUGGUUCAGCCUGUGGUAGAGCUGGAUCCUGUACUUACUUCAUUUCUAGUGGCUAGGGAGACAGCAGAAUGUCUUCUGGCUCGUCCAAUCUCCAUGGCAAAGGAAGUUUUUGGACGUGAAAUUGUUGUAUCCUGCAAGGAACGCCCAACUACUGUUCCUAGGCUGGGUUAUUUUGAACGAAAUAAGAAGGAAAAACGACGCGCCAAGCGGUCUAUUGUGAAAUCUGACACCUCUGAAGUCCGACGCCGACGCCAACGAAUGGGAGAGAGCGAUCUAGAAGGGUUGAAAAACCAGUGUGCAAUAUUGAUUGGCAAUGUUGAGAAGGAGUUGGGUCCAUUAGCUGUUGCCAACUUCCUACAUACACACAUUGAAAUGUCGCCUCGGGUUUUCAUUUUUCCGAGUUGUUCAUCAGAAAUAUAUACCAAGGCUGCCAUUGUUCUAGAUACUGAAAAAGAUUUUCAGAAGCUAUGUGAAUUUUUAGAUAAUCACAACCACAUCAUAACAUCUUCAACUGGCAGGCCGUGGGUGAUUAUGGAAAAGUUAGUGGGGCUGAAAAAAAUUAAAGCGUCACUAGGAACAUUGUUGCCUGAAUCUAAGAAUCAAAAUGGCAGAAUGGGCAACCAUCUGAAGGUUGUUCCAUCAGGGACUCGAGAAUUUAAGACUGCCAGUGACCACAGAGAUUUGUUUUUGGAAUUUACUAAUCACCUAAAGCAACUAUAUAAGAAGCUAGCAUCAGAGGAGAGAUCGAUCUAUGGUAGUUUGUGAUAAUUGUUCAUAUUUUUAUCACCAGAUUUGUAUAUAAUUUUUUGUUGACAGUUGUAGAAAUAACUGUCUAUUAGAUUGUUGACAUUUGACACUUCGGAUUUUUUUAGUAUAGUUAAGCUUGCAUGAAAUUCUUGAGUA